UGCAGCAAAUGGAUAACUUAAAAGCUAUGGAAAUUAUGGCAGAUAGAAAUAACACUGGGCUAAGGAGAAGGCAUGAUUUAGACGCAUCACCAUACAGUAAAUGAUUCUCAUCAGAUACUGCUGAGAGGAGAAAAUAAGCCUUAUACUAACUUUGAUGAUUACAUGAGCGAUUCGUCAAUCUCUCCGUUCCGAAAUGAGAUACUACGAAAGAUAAAAGCUCCAGUUAAGAAGGAAAGUAAUGAAUCUAUCCUUCUGAGAAAUAUUCAGAGGCAAGUCAAGGAGGUCAAACUAAAGUCAAAUGAAAAGCAGAGGCUCUCUAUUAACUACUCAGCUCAUAUUUUGGAUUCUGCCAACAGCAUUCCUGAGAUCAAUCUAGAGACAAAACAUAACAAUAAAAACUCAGUGUAUUCAGACGGAGAAGAUAACCACCUGAGGCAUGCUCUUAAUAUCCAGGAAGAUUACAGUAUCAAACAUUUCGGAGAUGACGAGAGCUGUAAAAGUGGAGAUUCUGAAUUUCCCAGUUCAAAAGACUGUUUAAACUACAAAUGAAUAUACAGUAAAGAUAGGUUUAUCAGUUGCCCAGAAGGAAUUGCAAGACAAUGAAAAUAAAUUCUAUCAGCAUGACUUAGACAAACUUUUACUCAGUGAGAUUUACAGUAAAGAAAUCUUUAACAAAGCCUGAACUGUUGAAUUAACUAGCAAUAAUGUGUUUCCAUAUGAUAUUAGCUCUCAGGAUAAUAAGACAGAUCGAAUCUUUUCUGAUGGGAAACCCUGGCGAAAUCUGAUAAACACCUGUAUUCCAAGAUACAAUUCUCCUAUGGUUAACAGACAGUGAUGACCAAGAUUCUCAGUACCUCUGAAAGGAUCAUUAGAUAUCACUCAAGAAGAUAUUGACUCUCAAACUUUGUUACUUUUUAAUAGUCGAUUUGAAAGUGGAAACUUGGAAAGAGCAUACAAAAUUAAGGAAAUCUACAAAGUUCCUGAGCUCUCAAUUCGUAAAAGUGGAAUGUCGAAGAACCACACUUCUAAAAUAGUGGGUGCCAGCAAAUACAGAGCCGCAACUUCCCAAUCAAAAGUAAAGUUGGAGGCAAGAUAUGACUUAUUCUUAACCCCAGAUUCAAGUUUCGGAAACAAGCCAAACAAAAAGGGAGAAUUUACGAAAUUUAAAUUGACCAAGCACACUCAAUGGUUCUAUUAUUCGACCAAAUAACUUUGCUAAAGAUUUGAGGAUAACCUUUGCAAUUAAAAAUCUGUAUAAAAAGAAAUCGGCUUAUACAAAAGGAAUGCAACCAUUUGUAUUUUCGUUAAAAUAAACAUAAAGAGACUGGCAUAGGAUGGCAUCGAGGAGGGGAGCUAAUACGAUACACCCAGAACUUCGAUAAGCCAGAACAAUAUACCCUCAGGUUUGUCUAUACCUAUGAGUAUGAAGAUGAUAUUGUAUACUUCGCACAUUUUCAGCCUUAUACAUUUACAAGGCUAAAGUGACUCCUCCAUAAGUUAAAGAAAUAUGUAAAAAACCAAAAUCAGAUGCAGAUCUUCGAACUGUGUAGAACAGUUUCCAAUAUACCGUGAUAUUGCUUGAAAAUAUGAAAUUCUUUGCUGGCUGAUAAGAAUUCCAAGAUAAUAUUUCUUACAUGAAGAGUUCACCCAGGAGAGAGUAAUUCCUCGUUUAUGCUUGAAGGAAUACUUAAACAAUUGCUAUCUUGAAAUGAAUUAAAAACUAAAUUUGUAUACUACAUAAUUCCAAUUUUGAACCCUGACGGAGUUUAUUAUGGGAGAUAUCGAUGAAACAUGACUGGAGCAGACUUGAAUAGAAUCUGGCAUAUUCCGAGCCGGUAUUUCCACCCUACAAUUUUCUAUACUAAGGAAUUACUCAAAUAGACUUCACAAUGGAGAUUUCUUCAGGAGUAAGGAUGACCUAAACCGGUCUACACAAAAUGUAAAACAAGAGCAGAAAGUUCUCCAUAUCCCGAACCAUGAUAACAGCAAGACGCCAAAUGCUAAAUUUAAAAUCAAGAAAAAUUCGAUUAAAAUUUCAACAAAAAUGAAGCAAUCCUUGCACUCCAAAAAGAUUAGCAAGACUACAGUCCCAGAUGAUCUUGAUGAAAAGAUUGAGAAUGUGAUCUUGUUCGUGGAUAUUCAUGGCCAUUCAAUUGCUGAUAGUAUAUUCAUGUAUGGCUGUAAAGGUUCAAAUCCUGCAGAAAGUUCUGAGAUUAAAGAAAUGCCAUAUCUUUUAGCCAGUGAUCUUCUCUCAAAAGCACAGGAGAAAUUAGCAAGACCCAGGAAAGCCAAUCUUAAUUGAGAUGCAUGAAUGAUAAGCCAAUGAACUUCCCAUAACAAUAUUGAAUAUGAAGCUAGAAUCUUUAGCAAAGAUGGCUGAAAAUUUGUGAAUGAGAAAUAGCAAGGAAAAUACAGGAAGAGUAGUCGUCUUCAAAGAAAUCGGAGUUAAAAAUUCUUAUACACUGGAAUCUUCUUAUUUUAGGGCAUGCCCUGAGACGAUGAAGACGGCUAAUCCUGAUUGAGUACCGCCAUCCUCCUCGAUCAGGUAUAAUAAUUAUCUCAUUGAUACAAGAGUGAUUCGGAUUGGUGAAGAUAAUCUGAUCGAAUUUGGGAAGUUCUUUGCAUAUGUAACCAACCAUUAUCUACAUUAUAAAAAGGCUCACCAAUCAGCAAAAAUAAUAGAGAUUCUCGGAGAGGAAGAAGAGAAAGUCAGAGUUGAUGAUAACAAAAUAGAAGCUGUUAGUCAACCUAAAAUAAUGAGUGUUAAGAAAAAUGCUGGAAUUGAAUCCUUUGCUAAUAACAAAAGACAGCCAAAAUUUUCAGCCUCCAAUGAGCGUACCCUUCCAGCAGUAUCAGCUUCUGCUAUGCGAAAUAAAAUGGAUAGGCCUGGGAAACGAACAUUUUUAAAGAAAAUCAAAGCUAAAAAUACAAAUCUGAGAAUAUUCAGGGGUGAGAAUGAACCAAAGCCAACACAAACCUGAAACAUUAUUGAUAUUUCGCAUACAUUAAAUUCAAACUUUAAGGCGCAAUACAAAAGCAUUGGACAUCGAGCUAAUGACGAGUAUAUCAAAGAUACCAUGAACAAGUACAAUGAAGUAGCUCCUCAGAUGAGUUUAAUUAAAUUCUUACAGCGCCAUAGACGUUUUAAAGAUCUACAAAAUUAA